AAGGGGUAGAGGCCCACUGAAGAACACAUCAGAUGUAAUUAAUGCAGCAAAAACGAUUUCAGAGUCAGGAUCAAGAAUGGAUGUCUUAGCACGACUGAUUGCCAAUCAGUGUCCAGACCAAUCAUGUAAACAUGACUUGUUGGCUUACCUAGAACAGAUCAAGCUGUACUCCCAUCAGCUCAAAAUAUGCAGUCAAGUUAAAGCAGAAAUCCAGAGUCUAGGUGGAGAGCUCAUCAUGUCUGCUUUAGAUAGUGUCACUUCGCUAAUUCAGGCUGCCAAAAAUUUAAUGAAUGCUGUGGUGCAGACAGUAAAGAUGUCCUAUAUUGCGUCCACAAAGAUUAUCAAGAUUCAGAGUCCUACUGGCCCACGACAUCCUGUUGUUAUGUGGAGAAUGAAAGCUCCAGAGAAGAAGCCUCUCAUUAAAAGAGAAAAGCCAGAAGAAAUCUAUGCAGCUGUCAGAAAAGGUUCUGCAAAGAAGAGAAUCCAUCCUGUUCAGGUCAUGAGUGAAUUCAAAGGCAGAGAAAUAGUCUGAUGUCCUAUCAUGAUAUUCUAUUCGUUUUGCAUCUGUUUCCCCUCACUUAUUUAAAAAAAAUUAUAUGCUAAUAUUUUGCUUUUCUCUAAAUCUGUAUGUUAACACUUGCUUAAAUUAUUUUAAUAUAUUGUUGGACUAACUAAUAGGAAAUGAUUGGAAAAACAAACAAACAAACCAAACAAAAAACAAACAAAAACAACCCUUCAUUCUCUUGCUACCCUAAAGUAGCUAAUUGCAUUCUCUUGCAUUCUCUUGCUACCCUAAAGUAGCUAAUGCUAGCUGAGGGUCUCAACUUCUGUUGAGAUUGAAAGCCUAAAGAUUCCCAUCCACUCUCCCUUCACCUCCAGCCUUAGAAACRGGCACAAGGGGAAGUGCAAGUCUGAAAAUGUUUGAUAAAGCAAAAAAUAUUAUAGAAAUGUGGAUGCAAUAAUAUAAUCAAAAGCACUGACUACAACAAAGCAGUAAUAACAGCUCUUCAAAAGGCGUUUAAAAGCAUUAGUAUGUGUUCUGUUGGCCAGCCUCUUCUGUAAAUCCUAAUAAAUC